AGGGGUAAAUUUUAUUUUGUAUACACAAAUUGUUUUUGGUAAGUCCAUUAUUUUCAUGUUAAACCAAAAAAAAUGCCCAAACCAAAAGCUGUAUACAAGUCAUAUUAUGAGGAUAAGUACUUCUGGGUGAGACCUAGCUCUUUAGGGAAGCUGUUUGCUUUCUGCACAAUUUGCAACAAAGACUUUAAAGUGUCCUAUGGUGGUGCUGAUGAUGUAUAUCGGCACAGUCAGCGCGUUUAUCAUAAAAAAUUAUGCGCACAAAUGAAUGAUGACCAAACAGAUGACAAUAAAAUCUUACCACACAGCCAUGGUCUGCGGUCCAGUGCCCGAAAGCUGACUUCUCAAAACCAAAUCACUCUCGAAAUCCACAAAACUGAACCAAAUGGAGAUCUUGUGUCUUUUCCAAACUAUCCUUCAUACUCAUCAGAACACUCAUACAUACUGCCCCAAGCAAAGGUAGCCAGCCUUAUAAAAUCUUGGCUUGAAGAAGAUUGCCCUAGCUUUGACUAUGCUGCGCUUGCAGUUGGUGAAAAAUACAAUCGCGCUGAACUGUUAAUCAAAUCUCCCGGGAUCGUAUCGGGAGUCCCGUUUUUUGAUGCUGUUUUCCAAGAAGUUGGAUGUGAAGUAGACUGGUUGGUCUCCGAGGGAAUGAAGAUUGAUGCGGCCUCGCUUCCUAAGACUAUAGCUCUUAUUAGAGGAGAAGCACGGAGCAUUUUAAUUGGUGAAAGGGUGGCGUUAAACUGCAUGGCAAGGUGCAGUGGCAUCUCAACGUUAGCGCAAAGUUUUAUAGAGAAAACGAGAUCUCUAGAAUGGAAUGGUAGAAUAGCUGGGACCAGAAAAACAACACCUGGCUUUCGUUUAGCGGAGAAAUAUGCACUGGUUGUAGCAGGGGCUGAUACACAUAGAUAUAAUUUGUCUUCAAUGGUGAUGCUUAAGGAUAACCAUAUAAGCUCUUCUGGUAAUGUAUCAAGUGCAGUAGAACGUGUGAAGUUUGCUGCUGGCUUCAGUGUCAAAGUUGAGGUUGAAUGUCAGAGCUUGGAAGAAGCUAUAGAAGCCGUGGAAUCUGGCGCAGAGAUCAUUAUGUUUGAUAAUUUCACCAGCGAAGAGCUACAUAUUGCUGCAGCCGCUUUAAAAGAAAUGUUUCCUAAUGUAAUUAUUGAAGCCAGUGGUGGUAUCACGGAGGAUAACCUUGCAUCUUACUGUGGGCCACACGUGGAUGUCAUUUCUUCCUCCAAACUUGUCCAAGGUUACUCUGUGGUGGAUUACUCACUAAAAAUAGUCAAAGAAUAAAAAUAUAAAAAAAAACUAAAUUUUGUGGGGAAUAAAACAGCUUUACUGUUAAGCGCAAAUUUUAAAUUUAUUUUGCUUGUUUUUUUGGUGUAGUUGGUAAAACAAAACUCACACUCAAUUAUUUCGACUUUUGCCAACUGUUGCCUUCACUGUAUGCUAAAAUUUUAUAUUUCUCGUUCAAUAAGUUAAAUCAUGUUUCAGUGAGUUUUUGUUGUUAUAAUGUAAUAAGAAAUAAUUUUUGUUUCUCUCUUCACACAAAAUAGUAAGAGGUGGUGUCCAAUUUUUUUCGGAAAAAUUAUCAAACUAACAUUAAAAUCUUAUGUGUAGGAGUAUGUUAAUACUUUAAACCAAUUUUCCGUUUAUUUUUAAAUAAAUAUUUUUUCUGGUCGGUA